GUGGGUGUUUCUGCUGCGUGUCUGUGAUGGGGCAGUGAGAGAGAGAGAGAGAGAGAGAGAGAGAGUGUUGUAUAGUAAGAGAAGAAACGCUGUAUUAGCUCACAGGAAGAGAGCCGAGCGUGUUCUUGUGUCCUGGGACAGGGAAUAGGGUAUCUGCAGCGGUACACGCUCAGUUGAGGCUCCCUCAGUGUGUGUGUGGAGAGCUUGUGUCGAGUCAGCAUGCUGGGCUUGGUGCAAAGCUCGCAUCCCUUAAGAGAAAGAGCGAGGCUGCAGAAGAGCUGCGCUAAACAGCUGAUUUCUCUUUCCUCUGCUUCUCAGACCGUCAGCAAGUACACUGCGCAGUACCACAAGCUUUUCCAGAGCGUUCCUAAAGAAGAGAUUCUGAUGAAAGUGUAUUCAUGCGCUCUUCUGCGAGACAUCUUGCUGCAAGGACGACUUUACAUCUCAAGAAACUGGCUUUGUUUUUAUGCCAACCUGUUUGGUAAAGACAUCAAGGUGGCCAUUCCUGUAGCAUCAGUGCGUUUGGUGAAGAAACACAAGACAGCUGGACUGGUCCCCAAUGGCUUGGCUAUCACCACAGACAGCAAUCAGAAGUAUGUGUUUGUAUCUCUACUGUCCAGAGACAGUGUCUAUGAUGUGUUGAGAUGCAUCUGCACUCAUCUCCAGGUCAAUGGUAAGAAGAUCCUCAGUCUUAAACAGUUUAUGGAGGAGCCCACCUCUAUAUCUCUGGAUGAGUUUCCAGUUCCUGAAGUGUUUCCAGUACAAGAAGAGUUUCCUCCAGUGGUGAAGUGGAGAAGAAAGCUGUCAGCAGUGUCUGUAUCCUCGUCUCUCCCCGAUUUACGGAGAAACUGUGCGAGCACUCUGAAUGCUGUAGACACGUCCUUUCAGACAGACAAUCCUCUGGAGGAGCAAGUUCUGGAAACCAAGAAGAUCCUCAUCACAGAGAGGAUACCAGAGUUGGGUCAGAUGGAGUAUCAGCUACUGAAGUUUUUUAUUAUGCUAAUUAUCCUUCUCAUCCUGUCUUCAUGUUACCUGGCCUUUCGUGUCUGCAGUCUGGAGCAGCAGCUCUCUUUUCUAAGCAAUAACCCUGCACUCGUGCUCAGAGAGAGGUAAAUACUGAUGGUCCCCACUGCUAUUCACAGGACGUUCGCCCAGCACUGGCCCUGUAUCUCUCUCUCUCUGUCUCUGCCUGCGUGAUCACAUUGCAACUAUGCAAACAGACUUUAAUUUAUUGAUGCGAUGGAUCUGCCUCUGAUUGUGUUGACAUUGAGACUGGCUUACAGUAGGUGAACACAAAUCAAGUGUUCUUUGAAGCAGGUCGAUUUGUAUUACUGGAUACAAGACGAUGAAAGUAGACGCCUCGCCUGCACAGGAAGCACACAGAAAGUUCCCGGUAUUCAUGUGAUGGUUGGGGUAUGUUACUUAGGGCUCUUUUCAUAAGCAAGGACUUUUUUUAUACAACAAGGUCAUGUAUAUCAAAUAAGAAUUGCUCGGGAUCCGAUCUGAAAUGAUGCAUUUAGAUUUGAUUAUUUUUACAAUGCGCUUGUCAUGUUCUGACUUUUCCAACGAGAUUUAGAUGAGAGUAUUUAAAAAUACAGUCUUUGACCUCUUAACAUUUGGGAUAGAUUUGAAACAUAGACACUGUUGUGUUGGAAGAAAAAUGGGCCAUUCCCAAACAGUUGCUAUAGAGUUAGUCACACAAUUCUCUAUAAUGUGACUGUAUGCCACUGCAUUUUUAUAUGUCCUCCAUUAAAUCACUGGAAUACCUAGAUGCAAUUGUCCAUUAGAAUAGUUGCCACAUGCUUUUGGUUUAUAUUCAAUAUGUCAGGUUGAUGAAAUGAAAACAGGUUGUCAUAAUUUACACAAUGUAAACUUUGUGUAAUGUUACCCUAUAAUGCAAAAUCUUUGUGACGUUAUGAAUGUCUACCUGAGUAAAGUACUGUGACCAGAAUAACUAAGGCAUUGUGAAGUAAUUUUUUUUCACAUAUAUAUUUUAAUAUGUUGUGGUUGUUUCCUAAAGAACAACAGGUAUUAAAAUACAGGGAAGGUUGGAGCUAAUAAUCACUCGUUAAACAAGUGAAUAUUUAGGUGUAUCUGAUGCAUUAAUCUAACAUGCAUUAAACAUAUGUGACAACAUAACAUCACAUUUCAUAGGGGAAGGCUGUCAGAAGACGGCAAUGGUAAUGUAUGCAAAAUCGAAACAUUUAAUUAAUUAUGCAUGUAUUUGGCCAAUUUCAAUCCGCAGCUGUUGAAUUUCAAUAGAAACAAACCUCAGGAAUGACAACUGAACAAUCACCCAAAAGCAAUGUAAAAGAAUGCAAAUGCAUGAAAGAUGCAUUUUUUACUGAUCUUACUGAACAUAUGUAAAAAGCAGUAGUGUUGUGUUGUUUAAACAGUAUUCAAGAUUUCAUGCAUCUUUUUUGUCAUGUUCACCAUGCCUUGUUUCAAUUUACGGUAA